CUUGCCGUUGUCGGGGAAACACCAUGUCAACAUGUCAGCUGGUUUCUUAUUAGUGUGUAAAACAGAUGAUAUUUAAAAAUAAUAGUGAGAUAUGACUGAGCUGUUGGGCCGUGAGAACUGCAUCAAGAACCUCCGGAAAGACCUGGUCGAUAUUCAGGUUGCGAUUGAGGACGUGCUUUCCAGAACCGGACCGGUCCAUUACACCUCCUGGAAGUUCCCAGACAAACUGGCCUGCAGUUUGGACAUGGUGGCUUUGCUGGAGGAGUAUGAUUUUGUGAAUGGAGAGGACGCAUACAAUCAGCACUCGCAUGUUGUUUUGUUGGAGUUGGUGGUUGACAGACUCCUGCUCCUCCUACAAAGCGUCGGGGCUUUUACAGAGUUACAGAAGGGCAGAUACAGAAGAGAUCAAAGCCAGCAGAAAGGAUGCCUCUCAGUGGGCCUUGUGGUCAGGAACUAUUGGGGUAACUUACUUCAGUAUGCAAACACGAAGGAGAACUCCAAAGACAUAAAACAGAUCAAAACAAAGGCAUUAGACACUAAUCAGAAGAAGGUCUCCUCUCCAUCUUCCCCAACCAGCUCAGGGUCUGAUUUCUGCAGAAAUUGUGCCUCUACCUUGUUUUGUCCAACCUCAUUCAAAUUCCCCCCUGAGAAUCACACAAGUUCAGGUCCAGAUCUCAAUGCCUCAUCCUGUUCUAAAAUUCAACGGCACAGUGCUGGCUGUCAGACAGUGGAGUCCUUGCUUAUACCCUGUGAUGCAUGUUAUCGAGUCCAAUCCCUUUUGAGAAACACAGGAGAUGCUUUGAUCGAUCUUUUCCAGAGUGAGGGUCUUCCCUCUGCUCUACAGCCUCUCUUAGAUGCCAUGCAAGACACAGUGGAUCCAGGAAAAAUUACGGCGGAUGAUGUUGCCCUGUGGGCCAAAGAGCAACUCAGGGACAUGCACCGCCUCGGAAAACAUCUUCAGGAUGUGCGGAGUACAGUGGAGCCUCUUAGAGAAGCCCUCAGAAAAGCUGAAUCAGAGCGAGACGGAUUUAGUUCUCAGCUGGUAAGCGUGAAGAAGGAGUUUAAAGAAGAGGUGGAAAAACACCAGGCCAAUAUAGUCCAGCUGGAGUUAGCUCUUCAGAAAGCACAGAGAUCCUCAAAGGAAACCGAGCAAAGGCUGCAAGAAGAACAUAAGCAACUAAAGAGAGAAAUGUUGUCCUUGGAGGAGAACAAUACCAGACUCAAGGAGAAGGUGGAACUCCAGCUAAACAUGUGGCAAGCACUGAAAGACGAAAAGGAGAUGCAAAGAGAUGAAGAGGCGUACAGUAAACUCCAGCAAAGGAUCCUGGAGCUUGAAACUCAUCUCAGUGACACUAAACUUCUCCUCGACAAGGAGAAGGCCAAGUAUCAGAGCGCUUGUUGUCGACAGGAGUCAAUGCAGGCAAAGCAGCAGUCCUUAUCAGAAAGAGUUGAUGCUCUGGAUGAAGAGUGUGACGAGCUACAGAAGCAAUUGGAAGAGAAGGAAGAUGCUCAGAGCAGUUUAAACAAACGGCUGCAAGAUAUUUAUAAGUUGAAGGAGCAACAAGAGGCUCAGCUCUCUCAACAGCAGGAUAUCUAUAGAGAGCUCCAAAGAGAGAAGCAAACACUACAGACACAUGCAGAUGAGCUGGAAAAACGUGUGGCACAAUUAACAGAGCAUGUGAAUACACUGAGGGAGCGGGAGAGACUUCUGGUGCUUUUUCCAGAGCUAAAUGACUGGGCUCAAACCCAACCGCAAAGUACCGGAAACUUGAUUUUAGAUAUGGAGCAACAACAGCAGGCAAACAGCCUUCGUAUAAAACUUCUGGAACAGGAAAAUGCUACUCUCCAAAAAAGUCUUGAGAAACUACGACAAAGACAAAUAUUUAACUCCACCAGGGUGGAUCCACCUCGACACACAAAGUGAAGACCAAAGCGGAUCAGCUGUUUGCCUGGAAAGUUCAAGCCCAACCCAGAGACCAGACUGGUUCUUUAUCAUUUGGAAGAAGUUUAGCAAACAAAAGCACUGUGAUGUUAAUGGUAAAAUAAGUAAAAUAAAGUUUGAGAGGCUUUCACGGAUCUAACUGAUGGUGGGGAGCACUGAGAUUAAUAUACUGUAGAUGUAACAAAUAAUUGAGGAAAAAACAAAAGGUGGCUCUGAUCCCUCCCACUGGAUUAGCUUGGAGGUCACCUUGAUGGUGUUAAUGGUUGUUAGGGGGUUGUGACUCCCUCAUCAGAGUGGUUUCAUUCACAUGCCUGAUUGAAACUCAGAAAACCCUGCGGGGUCUGGGAGACCCCUCUGGGACCAUGGAAGCUACAGCCGGGUCCAGGAGAGCCCUCUUAUACGUGGUUUGGGGGGAACCCAUGCGGGGUCAGGGACACCCCUCUAAGAAUGCAUGAAGUUUAAUCAAUUCAGACUAACAUACCUUAUAGGCAAAAUAAGCAUUUUGAACAUUAGUUAUGUUAAAUGCAUAUUAAGCAGUUAUAAACAGUCUAGAUAUUAAUACAUCUAUAAAUGAUUUAUUAACCAUUAGAUAUGGACUGUAAUACACAUACAAGCAUUUGACCAAAGAGAAAGCAAUGGAGGAAGAAUUUAAGGGAAUUAAGAAAACAUUAAAAUAACUACCAGAGACACUAAAUACACUAGAAGAAAGGCCUGAUCAACAAUGGUAUUUCUAAACAAAAGAUUUUAAAAAAUAGGCUUGUCAAAGCAAAUUGCGGCGCUAAAUGGGGACGAUGAAACAAAGAACAAGAAAAUCAAGACCUCAGAGAGCCACAAAGAUUUUAAACAUAUUCUAGGAGCAAUAACUUUAUUAUCACUGGAUUAGAUAAUAAACCACAAAGCUACUAAGAGCCGUGGCUUCUGAAGGAAAGUCGACAGAAAAAGAUCGGUAGAACAACAGGUUAUCACAUUUAUGAAAAUGAAAGGAAUGGAGAUAAGAACUCAGGACACUGAAGCCUGCCAUCCAUUAAUUACCACAGUGGUGUCAGACUCCACUCAUCUUAUCAAGUGAGUCUAAUCUGAACUCUUGAUGAGAUGACUGGAGUCUGGUGUGCUAUUGCUUGGUUAGAAAGCAAACCUGCAGCCACACGGCCCUUUCUGGAACCACUUUGACACCCCUGCAUUACCACGAAGUCAACAACUCAGUCACCCUAUUGGGGUCUGUAAGCAGAAAACUAAAAAAUACUGUAUAAAAAACAAGGAAGGAAACUGAAAGGCACAAAUGUGUACCUACAUGUUAACUUGACAAAGAAAAAUGCAGACAUUUUACAAAAAGUUUACUUCUUGAAAAGAAAACUUAUAACUGUAAAUUAGUUAAACUAAAUCUGACUCCUGAAGAGGCGAAUGUGUUGUGUAUUUGAGGUGAUCCAUUGCUGGAAAGUUGCCUACGCAGGGGGGAAACAGGUGCCGCAAUAACCUGCGACACAAACAACUACUGACUCCAUACAAUACAACUUGUUUCCAGAUAAUGGAGAUGAUCUCACCAACCAAGUGACACAUACUUGAUAAGGGAAAGUAUAACAAGCACAUGUAUCUAUAAUUUUUCUUUUUCUAAAGUUCAAAUUUCAACCACCAUUGUUUCUUUAAACAAUUUUUUUGUGACUGCUGUUAUAAGUUCAUCCCACUCCAAAAAAAAGGGGAGGAAAUUAAUAAUAUUAACUGCAAUGAUUAUACAGAAACCGAAGAUAGACCAUUACAUCUCCCAGCUGAUAUUUUGCCUGAUAUAAUUUUUUUGAAUCGGUAUUGGCCAAUUAGGGCAUGCGUCGGCUGAUUUAUAACUGCAUUCAGCAGCCAAGUCUUGUAAAUAUGUGGAGUUCAUGCACCUCCCUUCCCUAUAAAUUGUUAAUGUUUUUGUUUGAUUUGCCAAUAAAUGUUUUUGUAUCGUUUGAAUCUAGACAACAUUUGUUCUCAUUGUCUUACUUUUAUCAUGAUGGAGAACAUAAUCGGCUCCAAGAAU